GUUGUGAAGUCUGCCAUCUCCUGAUGCGAGCACAAGUCUGCAUAGCAUCGUCAACCAGGGAGACCUCCAGAAAGACUUCAUUACCAAGUAUUCAUCAAACUACCACUGCAUCAACUGAGAGCUCUGGCUCGACAUAAUCAACACGCAAAAUGCGCACCUCCCUCUUCCUCGCCGGCUUCCUAGCCACCCUAUCCGUCAUCGCCACCCCAUCCGUCAUCGCCACCCCAGUCACCCCUACCCCAACCGACCUCAACACCGUCGAAGCAGAGCACCUCAAACAAGAUCUCGAGGUCCCCGACCUCGGAAGCGGAGGGUCCUUAAUGGCAGAGCCCCACCUCACCACGGACGAGCACCCAUGGAUGAGGAGCAAGGAGGAGCCUCCCAAGAAACCAACCCGCUCCAGACCAAAGCCUAAGAAGAAGAAGAAGAAGGGGAAGAAGAUCAGACACACAUAUAAUAUCGUCUAUCCGGCGCCGGGCUGGCACUACCCAAUCCAUAACCCGCUCGCGCCACACGACCACAAGCCGCACAAGAAGAAGAAGAAGCCCAAGAAACCACCAGCGCCGCCGAAGCCGUGGCCGACGCAAUAUCCGAGUUUUGAAGAGUGGAUGAAUAAUCCCGAUGCGCCACCCCACUGAAAGAAGGCCGAGGGGAGAGAGAGAGACGGAUGCGGGGAGUCGAUGAUGAGUAGAUGUCAAAUGUGCUCACCGAGGACGUCAGGGGGUUUUAUCUCUCAGUAUUUGUGAUGAAGGACGGGUGAAGGUCAAUCAGUUCUCGAACGAGAAGGGAAUCAAGCAUGUACGCAGCUAGAAGCCAUCAUGUACUCAUAGAGCUUUUUAACCUACCACAUCGUCCAGUAAGAUAAUACCAGCCAGUCUGGCUACUCAGACAUGGCUAAAGGAGACGAUAUUGCGGUUCACCGGUGCCGAGACAUCGAAACUGGUUCGGCAUGAUCCAGACCAAGAGCUAUUGUCGACAGACUUGAGGGUAUUACCUUCAUACAUUGCUGAAAAACACAAAGAGGAAAAUUCCAAACCGACGACAUUCCGA